UUACAAAUCUUUGAAUUGUUCCAGCGAUUACUUAAAUGGAUGCCCUCCCCAUGAGUUGACAUCUGCCGAUUGCUGAUCCAAUUGCUUACUCCUCAUUUCGCAACAAACGUAGGCCAACCAAAGUGAAUUAUACUAUUGCAUUACGUAUCCAUAUUAUGGAGGCAUUUGUCAAUUGACGAUGAAAUGGCCCUCCCUACCAACUCCCCAUGACUACGAGGCUUCUUUAUCCUUGGAUUUCGUCCUAUAUAAAGAGCAGGCACCAAUGAGUAGUUUUACAGUCCUCAACUUUCAACAUAAAGAAGUAGGGUGGCCGGAGGACGCAGGGAGAAGCAAAGGAUGGCCGGAGCAAAGGAUUCGUUGGUGGUAAUGGAGAUCCUGGUGGUGGCAGCUGCUACGCUAGUAGUUCACACCUUAGCAGCCACCACGUACCACGUAGGGGACACCUUCGGCUGGCAAGUCCCCUCUGGUGGGUAUAACUAUUCCAACUGGGCUGCCCAACACACUUUCGUUGCUGGGGAUAGUCUGGUGUUCGACUUCACGACCGGAGCACACACCGCAGCCCAAGUUGUACAGAACGCUUACGACAAUUGCAACACAGCCAAUACCAUAAGCAAUCAAGUAAAUGGUCCGGCCACCUUCACCCUGGCCGCUGGGACAUCUUAUUACAUAUGCACCCUCCACUGUUCUCAGGGGCAAAAGCUAGUAGUCAGCGUUGGAUCUUCCGCAGGAUCACCCUCCGGCAGCCCCGCACCUCGGUCGUCCCCCGGUAGUGGUACUUUCUCGCCUCCACCGCCACCAAGCUCUGCUACCCCAACUCGGGCCGUUGCUGCUGCUUCUUUGAUUUUUCUGUCCGUUUUCGCGGCUUUCUUUUGCUAGUAUUCACGUACCAUUAGCACGUCUAAUAAGUAAUGAUACGAUUGAUUACGUUUGCUUGUAUAUGUAUCUAGUUCUAAUCUUAUCAGAGUAUAUGUCCCGUCGCUGUACACAGCUCACACUACUCUUUGUGGACGCCACUGCCAGGAGUAGUUGUAGUGGUGCCGGUAAACUAUGACAUCGGAGUCCCUGUACUUAUUCGAUGAA